AUGGAGAAAUUUGAUAUCAUUAUACGUCCGAUCAUAUCAGAUAGAGAUGGUGCUGAUCAAACACUUUGCUACUAUGUACCUUGUAUGAUUAAAUCAGAACCUGAGUAUGACAUAUACGAAAUGUUUAAUGUGACAGAAAACACAUGUACUAAGUCUACCUGGUUAUGUUAUAAGUUUAGGUUUCUACCACCUCAUUUAAUGAAUCAUUUAAUUGCUUCUCUGUGCAGGAAAUAUACAGUUGCAGAAUUUAUCACUAAGGAACAGAAAAGACAGGUUGCUCUUUUCAGAGACUCAGCUGUCUUUGAGUUACAGAAAACGACAAAAUUAACAAAAUUACAUGUGAUGAAAUGUCCGAAUUGGAUUCAAAUUCAGGUUUGGCAAUUUGGUAAAGGACGUGAAGGAGGUUUGUUCAAAUUCAUUGACGAAUUUGUGACAGAGGAAAUUGUAAAGAUAAUAAGCACAAGAUUUAAGAUGUCUAAUGUGAAGUUUGAGAAAAAAUGGGAAUGUGGCCAUACAAAACAAGAGCUUGUUACAGGAACAAAUGACUUUAGUGAAGAACAGAUUACGGAAUAUCACUGUGAAUCAUGUAAAUGCACCCAUUUAUUCAUUGGUGAAUGGCAAGAUCUGCAAAAACUGUCCCAGAGUUGUGAGAUUAAACCAGUAUCGAAUCCUAACAUAAAAAGCAUCAGCCAAGUCCAAGCGACAUUCUCUAAGGUGUGUGUCCGUGUCAAAGUAAAUAAGAGAGACAUUUCAAAUAUUCAUGGAGAAACAUCUGCAGCAGCCAUUUUGACAGGGUUCACAAAAGAAGAAAUCAACUUUACAAAGAUGGGAAUGAUAGCGCUGAAUAUUCUGGCUGAUGCUUUAUAUGACCUCUUAAAACAAGACAAAGCAAAUCUACGUCCAAGGAGCGAUUGUGAUAUAACAAACUUGUACAGUGAGCACAGGAAAUUAAAUAAACACAUUCCUAGUGGUUCAUGGGGAGGGUCGUGGCAAACUAUUCGAAAUACAGACAUAGCUAUUGGAGAUGAUAUUGAGCGCAUAAGACUAACAAGGAACGAACUACAACACUCUCGCAUAUUUAAACUCGAAGAGAAACGUUUUAUUGAAUUAUGUAAUAUAUUAAGCGACCUUUUAAAACGAUUUGAUCACCAUAACAUACCAAGAAGACUGUAUACAGAUGAGCUGAAUGAUAUCUUGGCUAAAACUAUUUCUGCAGAGGAAGUGAAAUCAAUUGAGAAUGAUAUAUUAGUAAAUGAUCUUUAA